AUGGCGUCCUUGUCGAAGGAAGAAGGAGUAGACAAGGUGCGGCUCGCUGUUUGUGGAAAGAAAAGGCAUCACGUUCUUGGAGUCUUCGAUAAAGUAGAGCCAACGGAGGCGUCUUCUCAUCGCAGGAGAGGUGGCGGCAAUGAGCUUGAAAGAUGCUGCAAUAAUUGCAGGAUUGUUGAGUAUUUGUUACAUUACAUAAAAGUUACCAAGAUGAAAUUGAUCAACUCUUUCAAUGUUAAACUAGGACAAAGUGGUUUUGGUGUUGUAUACAAGGGAAAGUUAUCCGAUGGUUCUAAUGUGGCAGUCAAAAUGUUGAAUCCAUUCAAAGAAAAUGGUAAAAUAUUUAUCAAUGAGGAAGCUAGCAUUAAUAGAACUUCUCAUGUUAAUGUUGUCACCCUUUUUAGAUUCUGCUUUGAUGGCCGCAAGAAAGUUCCUAUUUAUGAAUUUAUAUUAAAUGGUUCCCUUGACAAAUUUAUUUACAGAAAGGAAGGAGUUGAAACUACUACAUUGUUGAGUUGGGAUAAGCUGUAUCAAAUUGCUAAUCAAGGGAUAGUUUGGGGGUUAGAGUACUUGCAUAGAGGAUGUGACACUCAAAUUUUACAUUUUGACAUAAAGCCGCAUAAUAUUCUUUUGGAUGAAAAUUUUUGUUCUACGAUAUCAGAUUUUGAACUAGAAAAACUUUAUGCCGGGAACGAAAGUCUUAUUUCCAUGUCAAAUGCUAGAGGAACAAUAGGGUAUAUAGCUUCAGAAGUGUGGAGUAGACAUUUCGGCAACCCUUAUCAUAAAUCUGACGUUUAUAGUUACGGAAUGAUGCUUCUUGAUAUUGUGGGAGGAAAGAAGAACAUUAAUUUAGAAGGGAGUCAAACAAGUGAGAUAUUUUCCCUGAUUGGAUAUACAAAAGGCUUGAGCAAGGCACUUAGUUAG